UAUUUGGAGCGCGUCGCCAUUUCGCGUCUCUUCGGCGACUCUCGGCGGCCCCCGCGUGUCGUCGUCGUUUUGUCGUCUCCCGUCCGUCUCACCUCCGUCUCCCCUCCGUCUCACCUCCGUCUCCCCUCCGUCUCACCUCCUCUUCGCGAGCGUCGUUGACGACACACGCGGCCAUCAUGUUGAAGUUCUUCGGCGGUGGCGGCGGCGGCAACAAGAACAAGACGUCCGUGACGCCUCAGGAAGCGCUGCAGAAGCUGCGCGAGACGGAGGAGAUGCUCGCCAAGAAGCAGGAGUUCCUCGAGAAGAAGAUCGAGACCGAGAUCGCCACGGCGCGCAAGAACGGCACCAAGAACAAACGCGUGGCUCUCGCUGCACUCAAGCGUAAGAAGCGCUAUGAGAAGCAGCUGGCACAGAUCGACGGGACUCUGUCCACCAUCGAGUUCCAGCGCGAGGCACUCGAGAACGCCAACACCAACACCGAGGUGCUCAAGACUAUGGGCUUCGCUGCCAAGGCCAUGAAGAAUGCGCACCAGAACAUGGAUAUAGACAAGGUGGACGAGCUCAUGGGCGACAUCCACGAACAGCAGGAGUUGGCGCAGGAGAUCUCAGACGCCAUCUCCAAGCCCGUCGGCUUUGGGGACGACAUGGACGAGGACGAGCUCAUGGCUGAGCUGGAGGAACUGGAGCAGGAGGAGCUGGACAAGGAGCUUCUGGAAGUGGGCGGCAGCCAGCUCCCCAGUGUGCCCACCGCCUCACUGCCAUCCCGGCCUGCAGCCACCAAGAAAAGGGAAGAGGAAGAUGAUGAUGACAUGAGGGAUUUGGCUGCCUGGGCCAACUGAGGCCCCACCCCCUGCUCCCCUCCACACCGUCCCAGGUCUCCUCCCAACCUUCCUCCUGGGCGCCACACCCCCGCCCCUUCCUCCUGGGCAGGUUUCCCAAUUCCUGUGGGCAAGGAGGGCUCGGCUUGGCCCUUUGCAGCUCAACAAAAGGGAGCGCGCGCAGACCGUGCACCGAACUGCGUCAACGCGAGUGGCGAAAGAUCACGGCGUGUGGUCUUACAAAAGAAAAGGGCCGUGGUGUGGAACACUUUUAACUUUUUGGCAUUGAAUCCUGUACCAUGCAUUUGUGUAGUGGUAUGAAUAUUGAAUUCACCGACCUUCACUAUCAAAAUAUGACUGUAGCCCUAUUAACUUGAUGCUUUUAACAUUCGGAGGCACGCCACCUACAUUUGCAGCCACAAGCAAAAUGUUUCCCCCCGAGUGCAGUGGCAAAGCAGAACGUGUAAAGGCUUCUUAUACAAGAGGAAGCAGCAUGGUAAUUUGAGUGAUAAUUUUAAUCUAAUUGACCAAAUCCAAAUGCCCUGUUAAUGUGACCAUGAUCACCUACUCUUAAGGCUGCUUACCACCAUCCUGCCUACAAAAAACAACCAACAAAAUGCAAAUUGCAGUUUCGAAGCCUGAAAAUGAGCCCACAAACAUAAACCCUUGUAGGUGCAAAUAUAGAUAAGCAUUGUGUGCCUUUGUUUCCUGGCGCCUUUAGCUGGAUUAUGGAGUGUUGUGUACAAAUGGCCAAGUAAUCCUGUGCUGGAAACUUUAUGCAUUUCCCCCAUAUAUGAGGCCAGGGGCCGUGAGACCAAGGCCAACAGGUUUGCCUAAAUUCUGUCACCAGUGUGGCCUAUCAAACAAAUUAGGUUUUGGAAUUACAUUGAGUGCCUGAAAUGCAGCGGCAUCUCAAGGCACUGUACAAACCAUGGAAUGAUAAAGGUCAGUCGUGGGGAAAACCAAAGCAAAAUCGGAAAAACAUCCCAUUGGGUUGCCCUGCACAAACACCACGAGGCCCACUGAAUGCAGUAAAGCAAGAUCACACAAUUAUCCACUGUCAUGAUGGAUUGUGGGUAAUCGCCACAGUCCACCAUGGCGGAUGGCAAUGUAAAUAUUAGGCAAAGUCAAGCGCCUGGUGGAGAUUGUAUUUGCUACUAUAAGUUGUAUCCAGUGUGAGUCUGGUUUGUCUUUAUGGUUUGCUGCUCAAGUGAGGUACUCAAUUGUGCUUGAUUCAAUCCCAAAUUGUUUUGAGUGCAACUUUGGUGUUUUUUGAAGUAAAUUUCCAAAUUGCACCUAUUAACAUUCUUCAGCACUUUUAGAUUUGUCUAUGGCCGAGUCCAUUGCCAAUCCAACUUGGUCUUGUGACUCCAAAUUGUUCCCAAUUAAAUUCCUAGUACCUCUUUAUGUAAUUCUAAGUUGCCUAUCAACGCUCUAUUUCCUAAUUAAAUUACGAGUCCCGCUCGCUUUCAUUCCGGGUGGUUUCCUAUUUAACGUAGUUGCUAGCUUAAUAAAUUACAUUAACUUUAUUUGCUUUAAGGUCGAAGUUGCUGUUGGUUUAACUACAAGUUGCACCGUGCACAUUUCUUUAAAACAAAUUUUACAGUUUAAUAUCAAGUUGGUUUCAUUUUUAUUGAAGUGUGAUGGUGCCAAGCUGCUCCCUGUUGGGAGCUGAAGGGCUGUUCCGUACUCCGCCUGUGAUAGUUUAUCAACCCCUUCUCCCGUGCAUGAUAAUUAAUCACUCCCCCCACCCCCCCCCGUCCCGGGUUUCUUGCGGUCGCGAAGCUUGAUUGGAACUUUUCUGGUGAAGGGAGAGGCGGCACCGACCGUGGUUGCUUAUUAACGGAUGGUGUCGGAUCAAAUCAGAUUUCUCGAUAAUGCAACGGUUUAAUUUGGUCCUGGGCUACGGCAUUUAAAUCUGUAUAUAUGAAAUGUAUUUUUUUUCUUAUAAUUGCUGUUAUUGUUAGAUGUAUUUUGCUACACGUACAUUUUGCAAUGUACAGCAGCAAAGCAUGUAUAUAGUUACUCUUUGUAAAUGAAUCUGAAUAAAAGUGUGCAACUUUA